UCACCCAUCUGCUGAUCUCCACUUUCAUUUUCACUCCCCAAAACCACCACACACCACAACCACCUAUCGACCCCAUCAACCCACGCGCUCUAAUCCUCACUAUCAUCACUCCAUGUAUUGUGUUCCCAUCUCAUCAAAUCCGGCCACACUCUCUGUAAAUUCUGUAAUCAUCUAUACAAAUACAACUAGAACCAAAUCCAAAGCCCGAAAGUUGAGGCCCAUCAACAUUGUUUAAUGGGCCGUGUUAUGAUUAAAGAGUACAUGAUGAUCUUUAGGUCAGGGAUUAUAUAUACAGUAUUAUUAUUAUUAUUGAUAAUAAUUUAUACCCUCCAAACAACGAUCAUAAAUAUCCACGGCGGCCGGCUGCAACCUGCUAAUCAGCUAUGAGGAGAUGUUGUAGCGUUCGCGGUGGGUGUCGUAGAGGACCAAUCGGCGGACCAGCCGGCAGGAGAGUGCAUGAUAAAAGUAAAGCAUCCAAGUUUAUAUCAGAAGAUGUGAUCAGCACCUUGCCAGAUAAUGUGAUAACUAAUAUUCUCGAUCAUUUGCCUAUCCAAAAUGCAGUGGGGACUAGUAUGCUGUCGAAAAACUGGAGGUUUAAAUGGACAACCAUGCUCAGCCAACUCGUAUUUGACGAAGAUUUCUUUGAGAAUUUAGCGGAAAGUUAUCAUGGGAGGAUUAUUAUAAGUAGGAUUCUUCUUCUGCACAAACAUGCAAUAACCAAGUUUUCCAUCAAUAUAGAAGACGAAGAUUAUUUUGAGGAUAUUGGUAAUUGGGUUAUGUUCUUGUCUCAAAAAGGAAUUGAGGAGUUCGCUCUUCGAAAUGCAUCUGCUGAAGUACUUAUUUUGCCUACCCAUCUUUUCUCUUGUCAAAAGCUUAAGCAUUUGAGGCUUGAAGAUUGUUGUUUUCCUCUGGUGUCUGGUUCUUAUGGUUUUCCAAACCUAUUGAGCUUAAAAUUGUUUCUGGUAAGAGAUGCUGGUGACAAAUGUGGGGAAUUUCUCAAACAAAGUCCAUUACUUGAGAUUCUGGAAAUUACCGGUAAUAGUCUUGAAGGUUUAAGUAUCCUUCAACUUUUGGGGCUUUUUCCAAAACUUCGGGAGCUUACUCUAGAUUCUUCGAUGUGCAAGGUUGAGCGAAUGGAAGACUUCUCAUCAGGUGCACUUCCGUCUUCAGGGGUACACCCCUCGAUAGCUGGGCAGCUACAACUUCAGAAAGUGGUGUUCAAAAAUUUACAAGACACGGAGAAUGAAUUACGUGUGAUAACGGCAAUACUUACUUGUUUCCCCUUGCUAAAGAAGAUGGAUGUGUUUUUUGAAGCUCAUUUAGAAGAAUCAAACAAGUUUUCGAAGCUCCAGCAAGCCUACCCCAAAGUCAAAAUUGUUCUCCACGAAGAUUAGUUUUUCAGCUUUCUUUCUUUUCUCUUUUUUGUUGAACUUUCCUUACAUUGCCUGGUUUCUUGGUUGGCCUUUUGACUUCAGCGACACUCAGCUGCUACCUUGCUUUUGCAAAUAAUUGUUAUCACAGUUCUUUAAUUUUGAGUAUGACAGCAGGUCUAAAUUUAUCCUUUAAUGCACCAUAAUUUAUCUCGUACGUGAUAUUCGGCAAUAGGCAGAUUUUGUCCCUUAAGUUUUUCUUUGUGAAAAUGUUUGUCA